AGGACGAUAGUGGAGAGUGCAUUUCGGAGCAAACAGGUUUGAUUCAAAACGAGAGCCGUUGCAAAAGUAAGCAUGAAACAUCAACGAAUGCACGCUCAACCUUGACCACACCCUUCUUUCAGACCUGUAAAGGAUCUGGCGGAAUACUGAACGAAGGUAUCUUUCUUUUCUCAUUGCCUAUUAACUUUUUGGAAUAUUACACCAUGUAUGCAUGGAUGCUUUUUCUGGUCCCCCACGCUGAACAUAUUGGCAUCCCUCCUUCCAAAGCAAUCUUCCUCUCUACAAUCGGCGGUAUAGGGGGCAUCAUCAGUCGAACCAUGUUCAUCAUCCUCGUAUACAAAGGGAUCAACGUCUUUGUUGUCUACAUUGCCAUAGGUGUCAUAUGCACAAUAUCCUUUCUGUUAGACUUCACCAGUUCUGUAUACGAGGUGCGUGCUACAUUGGCCUUUGUCCAAGGGUUCUCCUUUUUCAUCGAGGAUGCAAUUUCGGCGACUUUAUUCAAGGAAGCAGUCUUUGACGAUAGAAAUGUUAAUAUGGCCAUUGCUCUCAGUUCCUUCAUGGGAGGACUAGGGGCAACAUGCGCAGGAACAUUUACAGGUUAUCUGUUUGAUGUCACCCAGUCGUUUACGAAGGUGUUCAUCAUCGUCGGCUUCAUCCACGCCGUCAUGACCGUCCAUCUCUUCAUCGUAGCGAUCCUCAUCAAGAGACGACGGAUAAGAAAUAAGCUUUCAGUUUAAAAACAAGUGCGAUUUAGGGGAGGGGGUUCAACCUCCCCACCUUCCCCGUUUUGGAAACCCACGAUUUAGGACACAAGUUUAAACAUUAAUUUGUUUCCUUCUAGGUAUUUGUUUUUAUUCUUUUUUUAUUUAUUCAUUUUUAUAUUGAUUACU